AUGACGAACACGCUCUCGCUGGUGGACCCCUCGCGCUCACAGCCGGCCGAAGAGACACGCAGGUCGAUGCAGUGUCGGGUCCGUCUCCUUCAGUCCCAGGUCAUCAACAAGGGAGAGUCGUCUCAUCUUACCUCUUUCGGUAUGCUGCGACGAAAUGCAGCAGAGGGUGAUGAGUUCCUUCCUCGCCAACGUCCCCAGGCACAGGUGCCCCCAAGAUCAUUCCGGGGGUGUUGGACUUGCCGUGAUCGGCGGGUCAAGUGCGACGAGCGAAAGCCCGCGUGUCAGAGAUGCCUCCAGUCUGGCCAAAACUGCCGAGGUUAUGGGGUGCGCCUCAACUGGUCUGCGUCUCGUCAGUAUAGGGGUUUCAUCCUGUCGGCGACUGUCAAACAGAGCGGUGCCAGAUCACCAAUUAGUCAACCAUCGGAAACCUUGACUACAACCACAUCUUCAUCACCCUCAGCGUCGGCGUCUGGCUUGGAAUUGGGCUCGGCCGACGCAUUCCGCACCAAUGUUGUCGCUAAACAGGGUCAAAUAUUGCCAAUUGAAACCACCAGGCAUGCAACAAUACCAAUCGAAAGCCCUAGAGGCAUACUCAUGAGGGACGCAGCUCCCCACGAAGGAUCAUCAUCACUGUCGGAGGACGAUCAGUCCCCUCCAAAUCUGACCGGGGAGGCUUUGUCCGUGCCUCAAGAUGAGCCCGCCAGCCAACCACAUAUCACCAAAAAGGGAGGUACCCAAUUUACGUUGUCCAUGUCAGCGCAAGACAAACAACACCAGCAGAUCAGCCGAUCAUGUCCUGUCACAGCGUCUAGAUCUUCUGCGUGUGGGGGAAGCGUCACGGCCAGUCGCUUCGCAUGCAGGCAGCAACAACCUACAGAGGGCUGCCCUCCAGUCCCAAUGACCCAACACGUUGACUUUCUGUCAAUGCCCCAAUAUCAGAAGAGCCUCAUCUUUCACUGGGCCACAUUCACGAGCGGCAAAUUGAUGCUGGUGGACUCGCCAGAUAACGCUUUCAGAACUGCCAUGCUUCCUAAAGCUCUUUCGGGAAUUUCCGGCCUCUCAACGGAGUCGAAUGUCAACAAGGCGAUCUUCCAUUCCAUCUGUGCAGGAUCCGCCUUCAAUCUUUUCGAACUCUCGGGGGGGAAGAAUCCCACCCUCGAAUCACUGGCCCUCAACCACCAAAGGCUGCAGCUCGAACAUCUUCGGUUCAAUCUUGGGCGCCAAGAUGAUCCAGAGGUCCGUCAGUCGCUUGGUAGUGCCAUCAUGGCGUCUAUCAUCGUCGAAGCAAUAUCUGGCGCACGAUCAAGAUGGAAAACGCACCUUAGUGGCGGAGUCUCAUACCUGAGGCAUCUCCAGAUGCAUGGAGGUCUCUCUCAUGACCAGUACGAAUUUCGGGACAAUAUACUUCGAAUGGCAUUGUUGUGUCACUGGGAAAUACCUAGUGAGGUGAUGUGUUUGGUUGAUAGACCCAAACUCGAUGACGCCAACAACUUUUCUGGAACGACUAGCUCGUUCUUCACAAACAUCACAGCUAUGAACCGGCUUCAAGGGCCUGAAACGACGGAGCAUGAAAUCGAUAAAUUCGAAUUACAACUAUACCUGAGUUUCCCCCCUGCUCAAUCCUCGCGAAACGCCUCGCUUGACGACGAGAUGGCUGUUGAGGAACACGCAGCUCGAGCUUUCUACUACGCGAGCUUGGUGUACUUUCAGCGCACAGUUCGCAAAGCCUCCACUAACACCGUCCGUUCUCUUGUAAGCAUAGGAUUACGGGAGCUUGAGUUGAUUGACACCUUGUCCCGCGGAAGGGGAGGCUGUAUCGCGCUUUGGCCUGUUCUUGUUCUGGGCUCGGAGGCGUCAACUUGCGAACUGAAAUCCCGCGUCACGACAUGGUUUCAAGCGAAAGAAGCUUAUGGAAUCAGCAACGUGCGCGUGAUCCACAAGCUAUUGAAAGACCUAUGGUCCAGAAGAUCCCAAGAUGCUGGCAUUCGGUGGCAGGACCUUAUUGCGGAGGAGAAUUAUGACGUGUUUAACCUGUAA